AUGCUGAGGCAAGUGGAAGCGAUCCGUCUUAUUCCUUCCAUCUCUUCUUGUACAUACGGCGACCACUCAACAAUCAAUCCCUCCGUCAGCUGUCCAACCCACCAUCUGCUUGUUUCCCUCGAACUCAUUAUCAUGUUUACUAUUGAUCCGCAACAUGACACGCCUCAAGGCACCGAUGAAAAAGUCAAAGCCUGGAUCUUAAAAAUGGAACAGGAGCCGCCUAGAUUCUACAGAGCAGCUCCCGUACCCCAGGAAGCCACCGAAUCGUAUCAUGACAGACCCAAGAACAAAUUCGAGCGCCGCAAGAGAAACCGAACCAAGCACGAUCGCUAUGACUACAAGGAAGAGAAAGUCCAAAGAAAGCUUGAACGUAUCUCAAAGCAGCUCAACCGAGAAAUCGCGCGUAAUUUUCAUGCGCCUAAUGUGCCUCAAGAACGGUUAACAAUCAACCAUCGCCAAGACCUGGGGCUUUUCAAGAACGGAAGAACAUCUUCUCCUAUCAGAUCUGGCAUGCCCACGCUUAGAUUUUUGGAGAGAGACUUUCUAUCAGGGAUACCUCAAAGUCAUCUUCUUUCGCAAAAUCUGUCUGGGGUCUGCCUCGAACCAUUUCGUUUCCAUGGCGAAAAAAGCCCAGCUGGUGGUUCGUUACAGCGCUCAGCCGAUCAUUCGGAGCCCCUGCCACAAUCUAUCGCGGAUAAGCGCAACGGCAAUCAGCUAAGUGUUGGUACGAGGUCGACGGUGUUGGAUCUUUCCUCAAAACCCGAUCUAGAAAGCUAUACAGGAAAGCUUCUGAGGAUUGACUUCCGUCCACCAACCAAUGCUCCCAAAUCAGGAAAAGUCUGGACUCUUGAAGAUUUGCAUUGCUUACUCGGUGAAAGAGAGAUUUUCUGGAACUGGGAAAAGGAGGAAGCUCAAGACUCGCAACGCAGCAGAGACUCUUUCGAGAGAGGUUUGUUGAAACACAUGCUUUCAUCCUCGCCCAUCCGAACCGAGAUCAUAGCAGAUAUACCACCCAGGAAGAUGCAAAGGACUGAAAGAGGAUAUGCCAAUCAGCAGAGCUACAGCAGCCCAGAUACCGCAUUUCAGCCUGAGAAGGUGGAGGAGGACCAAUUACUUCCACAAUGCGCAGCUCGACAGCAGGAACCCCCGCGAAAAGUAACCCAAGACUCGACCACCCCGACCAAGUCAUUCAAGCAAGAUAUCUCUUGCAGAGUCCACCAGGGAAACAUGCCCAGCAAUUCUUACAGCCCCUGUCUUGACGUGGUUUACCUGGAUUCUCGCAAAGCACAAAUGCUUUUCCGGGGGACACAAAGCAAGCCCGAUGCGAUCAAUGAUGAUUCCUUUCCCUCCAGUCCCAGCAAAGUGGAUCCCGCUGCCCUUGAAGCUGCGUGUGAUGCUAUCUUGGCCACCGAGCGGGACUUCUUUUUGCCCAUUGAGGCGGCUUGCACACGGCGCCGCCGUAUGAGUCACAAACCUAAGAAAACGACACGCAAAUUGGGGGGUAAGCCGGACAAAAAGCGUCCUGGGGAGACCACCCUUGAGACUAGGCAUCGGUACGCCUUCGACGACAGCGUUUGCCCUAACCUCUCAAGCAUUACAGGUGAUAAAAUGAGAACCGACGCAAACGACGUGUUGAGAGAUGUGUACAUUUGGACACCCUACAACAGUGGUCAGUUCACCAAGGAUGAGCAAAUGCAAACGCAUUCUGGAUCUGUGUUGCAUGCAGAAGACUGCUUAGACUGCAGGCUGCGACGGAGUCUUGGCCCUAUUUACCAACCUACAACAGGCCCGCAGAUGGAUUGCGGCGACAACCCGAGAGAUUUCUGGCAGCGGAGAAUGCUGUAUUGA